UGCCCGGCCGACUUCCGGCUCUCGGUGGCCCGAGGCAGCGGGGCUCUCCAUGGCGCGGCCGCGCCGGGCCCGGCGGCAGGGCGGCGGCGGCGGCGGAGCGGCGCUGCCCCGCUGAGCAGCCGCGGGCCGCCGCCAUGGAGCCCGAGACGCUGGAGGCGCGCAUCAACAAAGCCACAAACCCCCUGAACAAGGACCUGGACUGGGAUGGUAUCAAUGCGUUCUGUGAGCAGCUCAAUAAGGAGCUAGAGGGUCCUCCACUUGCCACCCGGCUUCUUGCCCACAAGAUCCAGUCUCCACAGGAAUGGGAAGCUAUCCAGGCCCUCACGGUGCUGGAGUCCUGCAUGAAGAGCUGUGGCAAACGCUUCCACGACGAGGUGGGCAAGUUCCGCUUCCUCAACGAGCUCAUCAAGGUGGUGUCCCCUAAGUAUCUUGGCAGCCGGACAUCAGAAAAAGUGAAGUCCAAGAUCCUGGAGCUGAUGUACAGCUGGACAUUGGGGCUGCCUCAUGAGGUGAAGAUAUCUGAAGCCUACCAGAUGCUGAAGAAGCAAGGGAUUGUGAAGUGUGACCCCAAACUUCCUGAUGAUGCUCCUUUCCCACCGCCUCCUCCUCGGCCCAAGAACAUCAUCUUUGAUGAUGAAGAAAAAUCCAAGACGCUGGCUCGCCUCCUGAAAAGUUCCCAUCCCGAGGAUCUCCGGGCUGCCAACAAGCUCAUCAAGGAGAUGGUUCAGGAGGACCAAAAGCGCAUGGAGAAGAUCUCCAAGAGGGUGAAUGCCAUUGAGGAGGUGAACAACAACGUGAAGCUGCUGACAGAGAUGGUGACAAACUACAGCAAGGGAGAGACAACGGAAAGCAACGAGGACCUAAUGAAGGAGCUGUAUCAGCGCUGUGAGCGCAUGAGGCCCAUGCUUUUCCGGCUGGCCAGUGACACAGAAGACAAUGAUGAAGCUCUAGCGGAGAUUCUGCAAGCCAAUGACAAUCUGACCCAGGUGAUCAAUCUCUACAAGCAGCUUGUACGGGGAGAGGAGAUCAAUGGGGAGACGGUGGCCAGCCCCCUUCGAGGCAGCACCUCAGCACUUCUAGAUCUGUCUGGCCUGGAGCUUCCAGCAACAUGCCCUUCCUACCCAGCCCUGCCCGCCCUUUCAGGUGGCUCAGCAGUCCCUGUGCCUGACCAAGCUGGCUCUGUCUCCUUGCUGGAUGAUGAACUCAUGUCUUUAGGCCUGAAUGACCCAGCACCACAUCCUGUCCAGGCCAGUGACAGCAGUGGCUGGAACAGCUUCCAGUCAUCAGACAGCAAUGAGCUCAGUAUCACCCCUAUCAUGGCAACACCACCAGUCAAAGCAGAUGCAGGUGCAUCCUCCCCAAAACCAUCUCCUAGCAGCAGUGGCCUGGAUGACCUGGACCUCCUGGGCAAGACACUGCUGCAGCAGUCUUUGCCUCCAGAAUCUCAACAAGUGCGAUGGGAGAAGCAGCAACCACCCCCUCGGCUCACCCUGAGGGAUCUGCAGAACAGGAGCAGCUCUGGCACCACAGCCCACAAUCCCAGUGCUCCGCCUGUGCUCCAGAGUAUUUCCCCUAACCCCACGCUGCCUCUGACCUCAGAGCUGCCUGUCCCUGCUACGCUUCCAAAAGCUGCCACCACACCAGCAGGAAGUGCUGCAGUGCCACCACGGCCUCCUGCCACUGUGCUGCCCCAGGAGAUCUCGCUGGCCAACAUCACUGUGCCUCUGGAGUCAAUCAAACCCAGCAGCAUUCUCCCUGUGACAGUGUAUGAUCAGCAUGGCUUCCGUGUCCUCUUCCACUUUGCUAAGGAUGCCCUGCCCGAGAGGCCUGAUGUGCUUGUGGUGGUGAUUUCUAUGCUCAGCACGGCCCCGCAGCCCAUCCGCAAUAUUGUCUUUCAGUCUGCCGUCCCCAAGAUAAUGAAGGUGAAGCUACAGCCUCCCUCAGGCACUGAGCUGCCAGCGUUCAAUCCCAUCGUCCACCCCAGUGCCAUCACCCAAGUCCUGCUGCUCGCUAACCCACAGAAGGAGAAAGUGAGGCUACGGUACAAACUGACCUUCACCAUGGGAGAGCAAAUCUACAAUGAAAUUGGGGACGUGGACCAGUUUCCCCCUCCAGAAUCCUGGGGAAACCUCUAGGGCCACAUGUUGCAGGCACUACACUGAAGAUUCCUUGGGAAGCCAACCCUGUGGGGCUGGAGCAGCCAGAGGAAAUGGGAGGGUGGGUGGGAGCUGGUGCUCA